GAUCUGAUGGAUGGAUGGAUGGAAUUGAAGUGCAGGUUGGAAAGGUGAGACAGGGAGUGGUUGGCAGGGGAUAGACAAGAGUAACGGGGGACAUUCCCGCCUAAGAAGCGGCGGUGUGGACGGGAUAUGUUUGAGAAGGACACAGCUGGUCAGACCAACAUAUACCCAAUCGAGCCUGCAAUUUACAUAGCUGAAAGUGCUAUAAGCUCAGGCAGUGCAGGUUCUUCCUCGGAAGGAGCAGAGAACACUGCAGCCGUUGCAGCAGGUUUUGCUCUCAUAUCUAUUGCACUAGCUUCAUCCAUAUUACUCCAACUAGUGAAGAAGACCACCGACAUUCAACAACCACUUGAACAACAAUACUCUGGCCCAUCCCUUACUUACUAUAUCACUAAGUUCAAGCCUCCUCCACCACAACCACAACCCAAAUUCUUCAAGCCCCACAACCUCAAUCUCCUCCUUCUCCUCAAUUAUCACUCCUCCUCCUCCUCCGAUUCAGCUUCAAGACGACUCCUCCUCCUCCUCUACCUCCACCACACUGCCUUAGCUACUAGUAAAUAUAUAUAUAUAUUUGUACUCAAAAUACUCAUUGGGUUACCUACCUACCUUAUAUAUAUAUAUAUCUAUGACUAUGAUCACCUCCGUCCAUUGCAUAUAUUAUGAGUACUGAUUCCGAAUCAGAGUUUUCAUCACCUUAUCUAUCUAUCUAUCUAUUAC